AAACGACGGAUAAAUGCAAAACGGAUAAAUGCAAAAAACGCAUAAGUGCAUGUCCAAUUGAAGCCGCGAGUCUUUUUUACGGUUUUACAUGCAAAAAUACCCGGUUAAAUGCAACACGCAUAAAUGCAAACAACUCAUAUAUGCAUGAGUUUUCCAAACCAAAAAGUACUUUUUUAGUGUCAGUUUACAUUUAUAAAUGCACAUCUCUAAUAAACAUACUACACUUUUAUCCAACUCCUCAGAAAUGAGCAGCACAUGUGAAUAAAUAAAAUCAGCUGUCUUUAUUUGCGUAUUUUAUUGCUGGAUAAAACAUAUCUAUGGUUUUUACAACCAUGAGCUCAAAACAUACGCUCACCGUAAAGGAAAAGUUGAGAUUAAUUGAGUCUUUUAAAACCGGCUGCAGUCGAAAGGACCUAGCUGAUAAGUAUAAAGUUAAUAUAUCAACAGUCUCAAGAAUUUUAAAAAAUCAAGGAAAGUUUGAAGCUUCAAGGACUGGCCAGGAGAAUAUCAUGCGGAAACGCUUUAAACCAGGGCAUUAUGACAUGGUAAACAAGGCCGUUACAACAUGGUUUAAAGACUUGAGAUCAAAGAAUGCAGUCAUUACAGGGCCAAUGAUAUGUGAAAGAGCUAAUCAGUUUGCUAUUUCAAUGAAAAUUGAUAAUUUUGAAGCAAACGAUGGUUGGUUGCAGCGCUGGAAAAAAAAUCAAAACAUUACUUUUCGAAAAAUUUGCGGGGAAAAGGCUGCUGCUGACUAUGGGGCUGCUGGAGUUUGGACAAAAUCAACCCUACCAAAUUUAAUCAAAAACUUAUCUCCUGAUCAAGUGUACAAUGCCGAUGAGGCAGGACUAUUUUAUAAGGCACUACCUACAGGGACAUAUGCAUCAAAAGGCGAGUCAGUGUUUGGUGGAAAAAUUUCCAAACUGCGAUUGACUCUCCUAUUUUUAUGUAAUUCGGACGGGUCUGAUAAGCAUGUGUAUGUGAUUGGAAAAGCAAAUAAUCCACAUUGCUGCAGGGGAAAAACGAUGCCAAUCAAAUAUUAUGGACAACCUAAUGCGUGGAUGACGACUUCCAUAUGGAUUGAAAUUUUAAACAACUUCGACAAAAUCCUGAAAAAGAACAUUGUUCUUUUUGUUGAUAACGCAAGCUGUCAUAAGAUUCCCAAUGAGGUUAUUUUUAAACAUAUAAAAAUACAUUACUUGCCACCAAAUACAACAUCCCUCAUCCAACCUCUGGAUCAGGGCAUAAUUAAAAACUUUAAAGUGCAAUACCGCUCAUGCCUAAUCCGUAAACAGUUAUUGGCUCUGGAGGGAGGUAUGUCAUCUGAAAAUUUUUCAAAAAGGAUAACUGUUCUGCAAGCACUUAAAAUGAUCAAAAGGGCUUGGUGGCUUGUAACGCCUACGGUGAUUAAAAACUGUUUUAAAAAAGCCGGGUUCAUAAAUCAUGAAGAAGAAACGAAUGUUCUAGAGGAUUGUGAAACCAUCGAUUUACCCCCAAUUCCGGAAAAAGAGUUUUCUUCUAUUAUAGACUGUGACGACAAUUUAGAAUGCUACGGUGAUCUUACUGAAAGCGAUAUUUUAAAGGAAAUUGGUUGGGUAAACGGAGAUAAAAUUCCUGAUCAUAUUGAUGAGCGUGUUGACGAUUCCGAUUGUGCCGUAGAUCCUCUUCCUAGUCGCACGGAGGCUAUAAAAGCAUACAACAUUUUCAAAAACUAUUGUGAAAGCAAUAACUUGGAUUUUGAUUUUGAAAAAAUGGAAGAUGCAUUAUUGAAGCUAAAGACAGAAAGUUUGAUUCAAAAAAAGAUCUCAGAUUUUUUUAGUACACAUGAGUAAAUCUCAAUUUUUUUUAUAAAAACAAGUUUUAAGAUAAAUAAUUUUUCUGAACAGAACUGAUUUUUUCUAUUUCCUUCAAGUUGUCGAUGCAUAAAAUGCCGGACACUUGGUCAGAAAAUAAGAAAACUAAAACCAAAAAAUUAACUUUGUGAUUUUUUUUACUUUAUAAAUUGUUUGAACUAAUUUUUAAGUUUUUUAAUAUAUGUAUGUUCAUAAGCGUACAAUGUGGAUUAAAUACAAAUAAAAUAAAAAAAUUAUUUAAAAAUAGUUCUUUUCUUAAUAUUUUCAUGUAAUAAUUGUUUUCUAAAAAUGGAACAAUGUUUACAUAAAUGCAAUUAUCAUGCAGUUAUGCAAUGUUAGUGUAAAUGCAAUCGUUGUGCAUUUAUCCGAGGUUUGCAUAAAUGCAAAAAAC